AUGACAGACCUCCUUCAAAUUCUCCCCUCCUUCCAUAUCCGACCUUUCGCCGCUCUUAUUCCCACCAUUGAGCAGAAUGCCCUCUCGACAACAGAUCUUCUCACUCUUCACCCUACCGACAUCGCAAAGCAGACGCGCCUCCCUAUCCUCGAUCUCAAGCGCCUCAUAGCUACGAUACAAGCCUCCCUAUCUGAUGAUCUCAGCCCACAGCAGCCUCUCCUGGAAGCAGAGACUGAUCCUGAAUCUACUCCGGAGAAUAAUGUCAUAAGUACCCUUGACGAUGGUCUCGAUGCCAUUUUAGGAGGCGGGGUGCCUGUGGGUGCAGUGACAGAAUUCACUGGCGAAAGUGGCGCUGGAAAGACCCAGGCACUGUUAUCUCUGUGUCUCGCCGUCCAACUCCCUUCACCACAUGGUCUGGGCCGUGAAGCUCUCUACAUCUCCACCGAAGCCACAAUGGCAACGAGCCGUCUCGCUCAGAUGCUCAAGUCCAAUCCCAUCAUACAGCAAUACGACGUGGAUGAUCGCCCUUCCCUCGACGCUAUCCACAGCACCAUCACUCCAGAUCUGGAAACACAAGACCAUAUUCUCGAUUUCCAAGUCCCUGUUCUACUAUCCCGCCAUCGGAUAGGACUUAUCAUUCUUGACUCUGUGGCCGCCAACUACCGUGCUGAAUUCGAGCGUCAGGGCACUCACGGCUCUAACAUGGCCGCCCGAAGUGCUGAGCUCGUCCGUCUCGGGGCUCUUCUCCGUGAUUUAGCUCGCAGGCACAAUAUUGCAGUUGUGGUGGCCAACCAAGUCGCAGACCGUUUCUCCUCCAGCUCAACACUACGGCACGUCCCUCCUAGAAGCAGUGGCCCUGUCCAUGAGAGCCCCCUUGCCUCACGGAGUAUGCCUCCCCCAUCAUCCAUAAAUCUUCCUAGCAGCACACCCUCGUCAUCAUUACCUUUCGCUCUACAAGACCCCGAUGGGCCGCCGCCGCUCCCAGCAUUGAUGCUUGAUCAUCAGCAACGCUGGUUCACAGGCUGGGGUGACGAUCCUCACGCCUCUUACUCGCUCAAGACACCCAGUCUGGGUCUUGUUUGGUCAACGCAGAUUGCUUGUCGAGUUGCGCUGUUCAAACGGCCUGUUUAUGGGCGUAUAAGACAAGCUGGGCCAAUAACUGCAGAGGACGACUCUGACCUAGCAGCUCCGACGUUAAGAGGAUGGCGCAGAUGGAUGAAGGUCGUCUUUGCGCCUCAUACCCCCUCAACAGGUCAGGGUCUACAUGGAGCAGCUGAGUUUGAGGUUACGAUGGGCGGAUUAAAGUCUGUACAGCCCCAAAAGACGAAAGACAAGUAA